AUGAGUGAAUCUCCGUCGACAUGGAUUCUUGUUCUUAGUCUUGCCAUUCUCCUAAUACUAUUAUUAUAUCUGACACUUGUAGGCUUGCUACGACGAAAUUAUGGAAUCUCAUUCAGGUCCAUUGGAUUCUGCUCAUUGGCUGGUCUGACUCGCUCCGCUGUAUCCGAUGGAGCUAGCUGGGACAUUGAACUCAUAGCCACAAAGAUACAUACUAGAUCCCACACGGCUCCCUCCUGGAUUACCUUGUGCAUUCAAAAGCCUCAUAUAAGAAUCAACCUCGCCGAUCUGCAACACGACUUGGCCUCUUCCAAACCUAAAAAGAAACGAAAAUCUCAGAAUCCUUGGUGGCUGAACGAGGGCAUCCUCAGACUCAUUGUCCAGACCGGGUUGAAAUGGCUGUUUACCGUGUUCGAUGUUGUUGUGGAGGGGUGUGUUGUUAGUGUUAUACUUGACGAUGAGGGCUCGCUAGAGCUUAAAUGGUGUCAGGAUAAGAUCUCGAUCGGCAGAUUGUACUCUGCUACUCUGGCUGCUGGUAAUGGUGAUGGUGCAGUGCCUCUGACAAUAGAAGACACCAUCCUUUUACAAGUAAACGCCGUCUUGACUGGCUGCCAGAUCUAUGCUUGUCUCGGAGAGCCCAACAGAUGGACUCCUGUAUUAUUAAACAGCGAUUCUACAGCUUCCGUAGUGCUCAGGAAUGGUGACGAUUACCCGUUAAAAGCAUCAGUAAAACAGGCUGCUGGUGAAGAGCUCCUGAUAAAUAUAAACAUUGGUAGCACUUCGCUUGAUACUUCGCCUCUUGUACGUCUUCAGAGCAAGAGGGAAGAAUCUCUCGGCUCGUGGCAACGGUUACAAGAACUCGACAUGGCGCUGAACGGAUCAAGUGGUUUGAAGAUUACAACAAAUCCAUUGCCGAUCCCAAAUAGUCAUCCUGCUACUAAUAAACAACCUCCUCCUGUAAUUAACGAACCUCUGCCUGCUUGGCUCGCAAAUCCAGCACGAUUAGCAAACCAAAUACGUCGUUUGGCAAUCUUCCGACCUACUAUAAGUCUUUCGACACGACAAUUCGUGAUAGAAACGCUUGUAUCGUUACCAAUAGGUCGGCGCGAAGCCUUCAAAAUCUUAUCGUCUCUAGAACAUAUACGAGCUGAAGUCGGACUGGGCCUGGUGCAAGAUCAACGUGAUGGACGAUCAUCAUUGACUUGUAGCGCGGAAUUCCUAGUCGAAAAGAUGGUAUCUGAUGUUUCGGAUCUAGAAAAUACAAGCCCAGGUACUAGGUCGCUGAUACGUCUCAUGGAUAUAGCAGAAAUAAAGGUGGACGCCGGCUUGGAAACAUAUCUAGGCACGUCGGUUUUAGUUGGAAGUAUGGCAACCCGUAGAUCUCCCUCUGUAUUAGCUGAAAGCUCAGCUUCGUUGUCAGUCAGUAUCAUCAAACCUCAUAUAAUAUUAGAUGAUCAGAUUGUCGCCAUUCUUGAAACUGUAGCCGAAUCACCGGUAUCUUUAUCUGCCAUGCCCUUCUCAACACCACCGCAAGUUCCAUCAGACAUUUCUGAAGACAUUGGCACUUCUCCGCUGUGCAAUGCUGAUAUCAUGAAACAGAAAAUGCAAGCUAUAUUGCAGCUUCUUACUGAUGUCAUGCCCUGGGAUGUGAGACUGAAUGCUCUUGUAGCAAGUCCGUCUGUAGCGGUGCGAUUAUCAGCAUAUAAUCCAUCUCAUAGGAGUAACGAGGAUGCGUUGCUCACUUUGGACGUGGGAGAUUUAACAUUUGGCUCUCGCAUUCAAGCACAACCAGCACCAUAUGCCGCACUGUCAGAUGGCCCUGUAUCUAAUGUAGACAUUCACGCAUCAGCCUCUAUUGAUGGAAUAAGCGUCGAGGCAGUCAAUCUAGAUGCUAAUACAGUCCUGCCGACUCCUGAACGUCGACCUGACCGACUGAUACACCUUCAACGUAUAGAAGGUGAAGUCAAUGGUAGUUUGAGUAUCGGUGAAUCUCUCGAACAGUCUAGGCUGGUCAUGACGGCUCUAGUCAAAUUAUCACGUAUAGACUGUGAUAUGGCACCUAUAGUAUCCAGCGCCUUCUUAGACUACUUCUCGCUAGCUGUAGCAUUGAGUACAUCCAUCCGUAUCGUAACUCGUGCCUUCCAAAAACUACCAACGUCGCAACAUUCUCCAUCCACAUCCAAACCGACGCGAUCUAUAUCGCAGAUCCCACACGAAUUGCAGAUGGGCUUUGAGUUAACUAAAGUGGAUGUAGUCCUCGUUAGUGAAGGUGCAUCGCCAUGUGCUACCUUUGGAUUGCUCGAGGAUGUCGCUCUGCAAGUAAAAUUCGAGUCAAAUCCUGUACAAGCUACUAGUAGCAUAGGUGGUCAUGUCAAGCGUAUACAAGCAUGGACCUCCAACUCUUAUUCAACCCAAGAGUUUGAGACUCUGGCUGCCAUGACUCAGAGUAAUAUAUCUAGCUAUAGAUCAGGCAAUGAUUUGCAUAUUGUCUUUGAUUUGGCAGAGCUUGUUGGGAGCUUUUCGCUACGGCGGUACUACAUUGUUGUGGUUUCUGCUGCAUACUUGAUGAAAAUGGUGGAUGUAUUGUCAAUACGAAGAAUGAAGCCAAAGAAUGUCCUUCCAUCUAAAUCAAAACCAUCGAUAGAAGUCAACGUUGGUAAAGUAUCAGUUGCCUGUGAUCUGCCAGACAGAGUCUUGCUAGAUCUUCAAUGUCGCAAGACGGCUUGCAUCAUCAGUGAUGGAAAGAAUAUGUCUGUGUCGAUUGAGAAUACUAUAGUAUCAGCUCCUACGCCACAUAGUGAUACGUUUGAGAAUCUGGUCGUCGUCGACUCGUUUUCUCUGAUAAUGAGAAAAGAAUCUACAAAAGGAGCAGUGUUGACUAUGGCACUCACUGCAUCCGAAAUCCUUCUCAUAAAUCCAUACGGGUAUGAAUUAUCUGGUAUAAUCGAGAACGGAAUCAACUUAUCGAAAGCUCUAAUGUUUUUGCACCAAAAUCUAUUGGGCUUCCAACCAAGGCCUCGUCCAUCUACAGGUCAUACUACUAUAAGUCAGCACGAGAUCCCUACUCUCACCAUAGAUGUAAAGAGCCUCGUCGUAAAACUGUGCGAUUCACCAUUCGAGAUGCAUCUGUCUCGUACUUUUACUCUUGGUCUAGACGAACAGAGUGCCCGUUUAGCCCGUCAUGCGGCAUUUGAGAAACGAAUCAUGGCUAAAUUGGCACAUGAACGAGACGAACACGGUGAUGAUUCCAUUCUCGAAUUUGGUAAUUCUCGUAGUCAGGAAGUUAGGAGGGCAUGGGGUCUAUUGCAAGAAUUCAAUUCAAAGAGUUGGAUUGAAUCUCUUAAGAAAUCUGAAUCUGAUCCUCGAUAUUUGAGACCUCUAGUAACCAUUACAUUACUCAACUUGCAUUUGAAGGCCGAGUAUCCGACCUUGCCUUGCCAGACUAUAGAAAAGUCUAUAAAUGCUCUAGACUCGGAAACGCCAGACCACUUUAAAUACUUUGAAUUAAUACCACGCGAAGUCACACUAGGUACGCAGUAUGCAUCGUUAGAAUUCAGAGAUCAUCUUCUGCCAUUUGUAGCUGUGCCUGGACAACGACCAUUAGAUAGUGCAAGUACCGAGCCAUGUCUAGUCGCCAAGGGACUAGUUAUUAUUGCUGAACGAUUGCCCAGUUAUGAAAGUCGACGUGAAGUGAAAUUGUCGCUUGAUCCAUUACGCCUCGAUCCACUAAUAAUAGAACGAUUCGUCAACCCACCAAAGAUAUAUCUAGACGUUACUGUAAAUAUAAACACUCCACAAAUAUCUCGUAUUUGCUGGGGUACAGCUAUGGAACCAGCUUUGGGAGAUAUGGUACGAGUCUUUGAUACCAUAUUCCGACAAUCAGUCGAUCCGUCUCCGCCAUCCGGAUGGUGGGAUAAAGUCCGUCUCAUGUUCCACGGCCGCCUCAAAGUCAAAAUGUAUGGAGGUGGUCUUGUAUUCCGAAUGUUGGCAUCUAGGUCACCGUAUUAUGAUCCAAGUGCCCAUUUUGGAUCGUAUGGUAUGGAUAUUGGCUUGCGAGGUGCUGUAGCAGCCAGUAUGAAUGAUAGUGAUGAUCCAAACGAGAAUAUUUUAAUUGAAUCUGAGGAAUUGACUGUUGCCUUCCCUGGUUUGUUGUAUGAUGAGAGAGGAGAAACUGAUGCUCAGAAACGAUUGAAGGCUGUGGAUUUAGUAGUGUUGAAAUUGUGUGGUGGCGUUAAAUUGUCUUGUGGAUUAAGAUUCAUGACUUCAGCUUCGACUAGUCGUCGUGGUUCAGGAACUGCAUCGUCACCUCGAGAAGAUAAUGGGCUGGUGAUUGAAGAGGAAUUUUAUCGCGCUAUUCAGCGUAGACACGUUGAUGUGGUCGGUAGAGUGCCAGAAUAUGCCAAGCCAGACUUCUAUGGACAUGAAUAUGAUUCCUUUGCAGGAUUUAGAUCUACAGCAAUUCAUUUAACAGUCAGCCUAGAAUCUCCACGACCAUUUUACUCGUCACUAGUAGAACAAUCUAAUUCAUUCUGCCUGACAUCAUCUGCUCUCGACCACUUUAUGGCAUUGAUACGAAUGUAUUCAAAUCCAUUGGGUCAGAUUCCAAUCCAUCGUGGUAGUGUAUUUAGUCAAGGAGUACCAGAACGUCGUCGCUCGGAAAAACUAUCUCGAGUCCUCAAAUCUAUACACCUUAAAGCCCAAAUGCGGCCCAUUCUCAUGUCAUUUGUAACGCCAGGGAAUGAAGGUACUGCACCAGUCGGUGUAAGAACGCUAUCGAAAGAAAUAACUGGUGAAAUAUUCUUCCGUCAUGAUCGAGUGUUCCGGUUGGACCCUGUCGCCAAAGUUAUUCGUGGUGAUGGAAUGGCUCUAUCUGAAGACGUCGGAGAGACCGAUUAUAGUAUCCAGCGUAUAUCAUGGAGCUGGGCUAUAGAUGCUACUCGUAUUGAGCUGGCUCAAGUGGAGGGACGGAUGAUUGAGUUUAGUAAAACUGCCACCGUCUUGUCUGAAUCCAAUCUGCAGCAGUCGCCUACUCAGUCUACGAGCUCUGAGCAUUCUCAGGAUGAUAAUUGGCUUGUUGAUGGCGAUCCACAUCCGUCGUCGCUUGUUAUGAUUCCGUUCAUGUGGUCGCCAAGAUUUGCGUAUUAUAGAACGAGCAAGAAGCCUGAGGCUCUGCCUGAGAGUUUGAUACGGUCUCCUGUUGAUGUCUUUUCUACUCAAAUCAAUCUGUGCCAUGCGCGAUUACGUGAGAUUGAAGGUUAUAUAAGACGAUUGUUGGAAAUUCAAAGAAUGUUGGAGCAGAGAAUGGCUGUUUUCUUUGAUGAUUCGUUGCGGCAGGAAUCACAAGCUAUCGUUGAAAAACUGGCGAUACUGUAUGAAAAGAAGACUGUCAUUGAUGAGUAUAUUCAGAGAUGUGAACGGCAACGAGAGUCAAUCAAUGAUCAUGGACAAGGUACUCAAAAAACGGAAAGUGUUGCUGAGGCUAAGCAGAGUCCAUUUGACCAUCACUUUAUUAUUCAUAAUAUCUCCGUGUUAUGGCGGAAGGAUGUUCGUAAUGCAUGGUUCAAACUGCUCGAUUUGCAUGGAUCGCAUUCGACCGUCAGAUAUUGCAUGUCGAAUGCAGCCAUGCGUAUAGCUCAAGAUAUCAUAGCCACUUCAUCGCAAAUCAAAGCCAACGACUUGUCUGCAACACAUAAUAUUCCAUCGAAUUUAUCUCGUCUACCAUCGCCAACGAGUAAAGGUCCAGAAGGCCCUGUCGAAGCAAACGAGUCUCAAAUAGUUGAUGACUUGUUGACUCGUCUUGUCGCCGAGCAAGAUGUCAAUUUCUUGGCUCAAAACGAAUAUAAUGCUGAUACUGUUGAUGCACAACCAGAUACCGAGACAUCCGCACUUCAUAGACUUGCUUUACCAGAUCAACCAGAAUAUGUAGCAUCCAACAAUCCAGAGUCACCAGACUUUGUGCAUAGCUCGCUAUGGAUUGAGAGCAAGUAUAUAAUUCAGUUUAUUAAUGCUCAAGUCAAUAUGGAGUCAGACUCAUCUACAAGUGAUGGUGGUGGGAAUAAGUGUGUUUUAGUGGCCGCAGACAUUAUGCAGCUUCAGUCAGUUAGUAUCUUGGCAUCGUCUCGUGAUCAUAGUGACCCAAACGUCUAUUUGGAAGAUCUUGUCACGUCACGAUUAGUAUUCAGUAUCCACAAUGCACAGUUUCUGGUUGCGCAACGUACAGAGUUUGCCAAAAGUGUCGCUACGUCGACUGAUGAUCUCUCUGACGUCAUGUCUGGUGCAUGGCCUCUCUGGCUACCAGUAGAAUGUAUGAUUGACUUGAGCUCGCCUACGGGUGACUUUAAACGAGUCAUAGAUAGAACAUCAGCCUUCUUGCAUCGUGACAAGUCGAAUCCUCUCUUUUUGAAACGGACUGAAAAGAGUGCUGAUAUGAAACAAUUAAUGAAGGAUGACUUGAUACGUAUUCGCUUCCCGGAUUUUAUAAUUGAUGUCAACUCCGCUCAGUACCUUGUCUUCCAUGAUGUUAUCGAACAUUUACUAGUAUAUCGAGAACCAUCAACCAAAGAUCGACGAGAGAAACUUCGAAAGAUGCUCUUGGCAUUUGAGCAAAUGGAGGACUUUAGAAAGGUGGCUGAAAUAGUAGUGGAUCGUCAAACCAAAGUCCGUCAAGCCGAAUCGUUAAUGAAGUAUGGCACUGCUACAUAUGGUCGUGUUGUAACUACCGAUAGUGUAACCUUCCAGCAUACCGAUCUCGUAAAAUAUCUAAGUCAAAAUAAGGACGAUCUAGUCAUUGUAUUAGAUGCCAUGACCAAAUUCCGGGAUUUGAGUCGUCGACGAUUGCAAGGUAGUGUCGCUUGGCAGAUGCACUUUACAGUUGGCAAUAUGGUAUGGCUUAUGGAAGAUGAUGUUGGUGAUCCAUUGUGUCGAUGGAUGUUGAAAAACGCCGUGUUUCGAUGGGUGCAUAAUGAAGAUUUGAGUAGUUCGAAUACGCUGGAAAUUGAUCGGCUCGUUAUUGAAAAUCUGUCGAAUACGUCAUCUGUGUUUAAGGAGUUGUUGGGGCCCUAUAUUCCGGAUAAAAGGAUUGUGGAUUUUAAGAGACAGAAGAUGUUGAGAGUAUUUUGGAGAGAGAUGGCUCCUGUCGCUGGUAUUAAAGUGGUUGACCACUUUGAGCUCAAUCUCUUCCCUCUGUCAUUUCAAAUCACCUACGACGUUGGUAAAAAGAUAUUACGAUACAUCUUUCCCAAACCAACUGCUCCAGCAGCUGCCACAAUCUCCGAGGUUGUCCCGCUCGAUAAGAAGCUAGAAAUGCCUGCUACUCGUAGAAAUCGCACUGGCUCACUCAUGGCAGGUGUGGAUGUAUCAGAGGAGAGAGCAGCACUUAUUGCAAAGGGUAGAGCUGCUCAAACGGCUGUCAUCGCAGCAGACUCUCGAAACCCUGUAAAGAAGAUGCGAAAUGUAUCAUCACGCGAGUCUCGAACCUACUCCUCAGGAGGUUUUACAAAUAGUGCUACUUCAGCUUCGUUGCAAUUGACACCUAUGGAUAAUUUGCGUCAGAUGCAAACUCGGGCUACGGAGAAUCGAACGUUCAUAUAUAUCAAGUUGCCAGAGUCUCAGCAUUGUUUGAGUUAUAGGGGAAGCAAGGAAAAGAAUCUGGAAGAUCUUACCAACUUUGUUUUUCGAAUGCCUUCACUGGAAUAUCGUAACAAGACUUGGACAUGGCUAGACUUUAUCAACCAAGUCAAGAAAGACUCGAUACGAGCUGUUUGGGCCAAUGCUCCGUCGCUCGUCAGAGAAAAGCUGUUUGCUAGAGCUAUCGCAGAGUCUGAAUCAACACACAAUUCGGAUUCGGUGGGAGUGCCUUUAUCCACAUCUUCGACGCAAUCAAGCAUAUCUACCUCAUCAGCUGCAACCGGCUCUGAUAUAACAGCUAUAUCUGCCAUUGGUAAUGCACCUGAUGAUCAUGGGAGUAUACAUGAAAGCAGCACUUCUUCGUCGUCCACAAUUGGUACUCGUCGCUUCAGACCGUUUACUAUAGGUCGUUGGGGGAAGCACGAGACCGAUCACUCAAACGAAGAGAUGGAUGAUGGUGCUACGAAAGCCCGUCUGUUGUUUGGCAAGACGAGACAGUAUACAUAA